AUGGCGGAUAUCGCAACUCUGACGGAGCGUCUCCCUGCCGAGACCAAGGAGGAGAUUGUAAAGAAUGAUCUCCCUUUGAAAGAUCGCUUUUUCCGCUACUUUCAGCAGGAAAUCACCGCUUUACAAGAACAAAUGGACCGCCUUGCAGACACAUCUCUCGUCGCUGGCGAGCGCUCGGACGCUACUGAUCACUGUCUGGCGGGCAUUGCGCGACUUUCCAACGAGGUCAAGGAUGCGUCAAGCUACAUCCCCACAUACGAUCAACGCAUCUACGCUGAAGCAAUCAAAGCCCUCCAAGAUAAACUCUCCGAAACUCGAGCCGCAGUCCAACCCAGAGCCAAAUUCUCAUUCAAGACAAAGAAGAACCCUUCUGCCAUAUCCCUAUCUGACGCAGCCGAGAUAGCUGCCCAAGGCCGACGCAUAAUUCCGGGUUACUUGUCGCCCGAUGCGUCUUCCGUAGACUCAUCUCGAAACCCUACCCCUCUCUACGCCUCUACCCCAGUCAACGAGAUCGAAACCCUCCAACUCAGACCCGAAAUCGCGCCCACCUCAUCACCCGCCAUCCUCGACGAAGGCAAGGACAGCGCUGCCCUCGAGAAGAAAUCAUACGACAUCCGACGUCCAACAUUCUCAAACCAAUCCUCCGUCUCAGUCGACCAGCACUAUGGCCUACACAUCAUGCUCCCCGCCUCUGCGUCCAGCGCCACGGUCCCCGCAUCAAUCACAUCACUGCGUCACUGCGUAGUCGACAUGUCCAUUCCAACCACAGAUGGAAAACCGUUCGCCAGUCUGACAAUCAAGGGCGUCAAGGAGUCUCUGAUUAUAUGUGGGCAGGUCGACGGGCCCGCACAUAUCACGGGCGUAGAGCACAGCGUCGUCGUGGUCUCAUGUCGGCAAUUCCGAAUGCACAAUUGCACGGAUGUCGAUGUCUAUCUGAGCUGUACCAGUAAUCCCAUCAUCGAGGACUGCACCCGGAUACGUUUCAGUAGGAUUCCAAAGACAUACGCACUAGAGAAAAACCACCCCAACAAAAGCGACAAAUGGGAUCAAGUCGAAGAUUUCAAAUGGAUCAAGCCCGAGCCAAGCCCGAAUUGGAGUGUGCUAGACCCCAACGCAGCAGUCUCGGAUGAGGUGUGGGCUGAGAUGGUCCCCGGUGGACCUUGUUGGUCGCUUGAGGAUAUUUUGAGGGCUACCAAGGUAUUGCGCGAGUAA